AUGGUUUAUCAUAUUUCUUUUCAGGCCUGUCUUGCCGAAACUGCUAUGGAGAGCAGGCAUGCUCAAAAUGACAAAGCCGCCUCACAUUUAAUGUGCAACAUCGCGAUCGCGGACAUUACCAAAAUUAACGUAGACGAUUUCGUGAAGCAAAUUACCCUCAUUGAUAUGUCUUAUUUCGCUGCCAUUAAACGCUCAGAGUUUCUCAGUCUAAAGUGGAAUGGCAGAGACAAAAAAAUAUACGCUCCAAACAUUGUGGAAUCUACUAAGUGGUUUAACCAGAUUAACUUCUGGGUCCAAAAGGAAAUUCUCAAAUACUCCGCAGUGAAUAAGCGAACUGAAAUGCUCUCAUAUUUCAUCAAGCUUGCAAAACGUUUGGUCGAUGUCAACAAUCUCUACUCCGCCAUGUCAAUAAUCUCAGCCCUUCAAGUGGAAUGCAUUUAUCGUCUACGUUUGACAUGGUCCGGUCUCGGCCACCGUGAGCGGGCAUCCUAUCGACGUCUUGAGGAACUAUUUGGUCAACAGGAGAACUGUCGACUCCUUCGAGAACACACCGCAUCAAUGCGUCUUCCUGGAAUACCUUAUCUCGGUGAGUAG